AAAAGGUAUCGCCAUAACUGGCAAACGUAAAUUUGGCAUCCCUGAAUCCACUUCUUUAUUGUUGUUCUGUUUGGGUAACCAAUAAUCCUUGGACGGAUGGUAAACCAAUAUUAAAGGACAAAAUAGUCGAAAGAGAUGCGGAUUUCCAAGGGUUCUCGGAAAUUUGGCAGGUAUUGCUCGGCCCUCAAUUGCAGACACUUCAGAGGAGAUGGAUUCCAACUCAAGUUCUACAAAUUUCCCCUGAAAAAAGAGCGGUGCGCCGUGUGGGUUCAAAACAGUGGACGGUCGGAUUUAAAAGACAAAUCUAGUGACUAUUGUCACAACAAUCUGCAAAUAUGUCAACUCCAUUUCGAAGACAAGAUGUUCAAUGGUCCUAUCAGACUCCACACUGAUGCCAUUCCCACACUCUUUGAUGUGCCAAAGAUUCCGCCCAAGUUCUCUCCUUCUCUAAACCUGCACCUAAACCACUACAAUCCCAUUAAAACCGAGCCCGAGCAGUAUCAUGAUGGCUUGUCAGGGGAUCCAAUGGACCAUGUGCCGGAUUUUAUAGUGUCUGAAGAGCCGAGUGCGUCCCAAAGUACCUUUGAAGAACCUGACCCGUUGAACAAUGUGCCGGAUUUUGUAGUUUCUGCAGAUCUAAGCACAGCGUCCCAAAACAUCUUGGAGGAACCAGAUCCAUUGGCUGAUGAUCAUGAUGAACCCAUGUUACAUGAAAAUGACUUUGACCAUACUUACGCUGUUUGUCCCACAUGUCAAAGACCCAGUGAAGAUGUAGAAAAGAUCAUGGCCAACCUUAGACGAUCGCUCAAGGCCAAAGAUCUAGUUAUUCGAAAGUUAAAAAAGAAGGAACAGAGACUUCAGGAGAGCCUGACCGACCCAGCAUUCAUUAUCGAGUCACUCCAAGACUACUUUGAGCCCGAUGUGAUGGAGGAGUUCAAACGUCAUGUUAAAGCUAAACUUGAUAGUAAUACGACAUAUUAGUCCCUGAUUGAAUGAUCGAAGAUUAUAAGCCAAUAUAUUGAAGACUUUGUUAGCAAAAAAUUAAAGCAGAAUUAUCUUCACAGGGAGAGCCCUUGCAAACAAAAAAUGAAGUGCGGAAAUUCUGAAAUACAUUCUUGCGUAGUGACUUGCA